AAGAGACCUACUCUGGACAGAAUGUUCGCUUGGACGUCACAAAGAAAUGAUGAUGGUUUGCGGGCGACUUGCAAUAUCUCGUUACUUAUAGCAAAAUCCGGAAAACCGCAUACUAUCGGAGAGAAGUUAAUUUUGCCAGCCGUUGAAGAGGUUUUAAAAACUGUUUUACACAAACCUGCAUCUGAUAUCAUUAAAAGAAUUACCUUAAGCAACAAUACUGUUGAAAAACGUAUUGAUGAAAUGAGUUCUGAUAUUGACAGCUUCUUAUGUAAUUAUUUGCAAACAACCCAUUUCUCUAUAGAACUGGACGAGUCAACUUUACCUGAUAAUCCAGCAUUAUUAUUGGCAUAUGUUCGUUUUAUUAUGAAUCAAGAAACCUACGAAGAACUGCUCUUCACAAGAACUUUGAUAACCGACACUAAAGGUGAAUCAAUAUUUCAUGUUUUGAAGGAUUACUUCAUUGAAAAAGCAAUUCCUUUAUCAAAUAUAAUAUCAGUAGCUACAGAUGGAGCACCUGCCUUGGCUGGAAGUUAUCGUGGAUUUAUAAGCUAUUUAAAACAAAAUGUGUCAGGGGUGUUAGCAAUACAUUGCGUCAUCCAUUGA